AUGGAUGCUCUUCUCACUUGUGCAAAUUUAAAUGAGGAAGAAUUAAAGCCACUUCCAUCAGAUGUAGUUGAAAAACUAGUUAUAACCUUCGAUUCAAUAUCUCAUGAAGCUAAAGAGCUUUCAGAGUCUUUUGAUCGAAUUAAAUCAGAAAAAGAAGGUAAAUUGGAUCAUCUGGAAAAAAAAUACCAAGCCGAAUAUGAAGAUAAGGAAGAUUUCCGUAAACGCUUGGAUAACACUUUGUCCAUUAACAACGAAUUGAGUAUCACUAUCCGCAAUCUUGAAAAUGACAGCAAGAUACUUAAUGACCAGCUCAAAAGGAAUCUCGCAGAGUUGGAAGAGUCCUAUGAAGAGGCCCAAGAAACUCGGCUGAAGGAGGAAUUAGAAAGCCUACAGCGCCAUAACUCCUGGUUAGAUGAGCGAUUCAAGACAACUACUGAUCAGUUAUUGACAAUUAGAAGGGAACUGCUCGAGCUGGCUCUUUCUUCAAAGGCAAGUCUAAAGACCAAUCAACAAACAAAGGUUGAGCAACUCUGUAGCAACGAGGAACAAGCAAAGGAAGCAGAGGAAAAAAAUUUAGAAUUACAGAAUACAGUCACAUCUAUGCAAAGCAUGCUCAAAGCCGCUUUUGAAAAUAUUUCUAAGCUAGAGGAAGAGAAGAAAUCCCUGGAAUUGGCUAGUGAAAACGACAGAGCCAAUUUAGACCAUCGAAUUCAAACUCUCGAAUCUGAUUUGGAGCGAUCUCAAGCAUUACUUGAAAAAUUCCGAGUCCAA